ACAAUUUUAGAAGGUACAAUGAUCAUAUGUAGGCCACGUGAAAUGCUUGUGUGUUCAAAGUGAAGUCAAGGUGAGCUGUUCCACCCGAAUGUGACUCUCCAUCUGAUUCUAAAUGGCGAUAUUUUGUCUCCUUUUAUCUGGGAAAGAACGUGUAUCUUUUAGAUAUGUGAAUGCAAGUCAAGGCUGCACCCAUCACCUCCACUGGCUUGACUUAUUUGUAAAAGACAUGAAUCAGCUGCGUUUUAAGCAGAAACCACUCAGUAAUCUGUACCUUUAGAGGUAAAAUGUUCUGAAAUCUGAUUCUUUGUCUCAUUAAAUGCUUUCCGAGAAACAUUUCUCUCCAAGAGUUGAUCAAAGUAUGUUUGAGAACUCCAUUGCUCAGCAGCAGAGUCCUCAGGCCUCCAGGCCAGGCCAGCCCUCGGCCCGACGCUCCCCAGCAUCAGCUAAUCAUAACCUCAGUUCCAACUCCAUUGACUCUCCGUCCUCCGGUGGCCAGCAGAGGCUUAAAAAUGCCAUUAAUCUGGGCAAGGCUGUCGGCGCAAAGGUCAAUGACUUGUUAAGAAGAAAGGAGCCCAGCCACCUCGGGGACAUCGGAGUUACUGAGGUCAACAAGAACGUUGGUGCUAAUUGGAGCUGUAUGGACCAACUAAACCAGACCACUACAAACAGUCACAUCUCCUCCUUUGACUCCUUCCCCCGGCUGGACCCCCCGCCUCCAUCAGGCAAGAAGCGCCUCCCUCGAGCGCUGAAGACCACGGCGGACAUGAUGAUCUCCUCUGACCCCGUUGUAUCCUCUCCGGACCCUGCUGACUCCUCCUCCUUUCUCUCGUCUCCUGACAAGACGCCGCUCAUCGCCAAGGAGGAGCUGAGGAACAGCGAGGAGCAGCAGCCGGGUGAGAAGAAGGAUGAGGGUUCAGAGGAGCUCACGUUGCCUCCAGGCCCAGCAGAGAAGAAAGUCACUGCUGAGUGGGAGACGACGGGAAGCAGCGGCAAAGUUGAUGGAGUGAAAGGUGGAGAAGGAGAUGAGGAGAACAGGAGCAGUGAUGGAGGUGAAGAGGAACAGCCCCAGCUGCAGCUCUCUGUGCCGGACCUCAUCAACAAAGACCCGCCGCCACCGCUGGAGCCCAGAGCAAAGCCAUGCGACAUCUGGCAGAAAGCGUCAGGGCCGGACUCCCGGCAGGCCUCCACCCCCCGCUCUGGGAAAACGUCCUGCCGCAUCAGCCUGGGCGAGGAGGUCCUGCUGGGAAACGGUGCCCCCUGCAGUAAAGGCACCGGAGUGAGCACGGUAGACUCGGAGCCCCACCCGGACCUGCUGUCGUUUGAGUAACGAGAAGAGCCGGGGUCAGAUACCACUUCAGUAUGUCUCAAAAAAAGUUUGGAACUUUGCUUUUUAAUUUUCACUCUAGAGGCUCAAGAGGUAAUUCAAACAGACAAAUGAUGAAAAGUACUGCGGAUCAAAUAUUCACUGCCACUUUUAAAUAUAGAACUCUACCUGCUCCAGGGUUUGCUUUAGGAAAAUGGGGAAAGUGCUUUCAGUAAUCAGGGCAGGUGCCAGAUCUGCUGCAUUUUUCACUUUUUUAGCAACUUUUAAGAUGUGUGGAUGAGUUUAUAUGUCAUGGUGAAUACACUCCAACAUGGCUGAUCUCAGGUCAGUCAGACAAUAUGAGCUUAUUCCUGAGGACAUGAACACAAAGCUGACCCGCACCAGAUGAGAAAAAAGUAGCAAGAGAGAAAAUAUGUUGGAGGGAAGGGUUUGUUAUGAUGCAUCAUUUUAUCACAAUGUACUUGUAUCUUGUUUCAGCUCUUCCAAUGUUAAUAUGUCAAGUCUGCUUUAGGAAUGCAAUAAUACCAGAUGAAUGUAAGUAAUGUCAUGAAGUAUCUCUUUAAAUGGGCUAAAUAUGGAAAAAUCAACAGACAUAAAUUCAUACAGACAUAUUGUCUUCCUGAAAAGUGAAAAAUGUAUUACUAUAUACAUAUUUGAAAGAAUGCAUGGGUUGUACUUACCAGCAUUAAGUUAUUAUAUUGUCAUACCAUCAAUUUCAGGAAAAACCAUUUAGAGGGAUAUUUAUUUCAUGAUGGUUACACUCUAAGUCAAUAUUCUACAAAAGCUGCUACAAUGAAACCAAUUACAAACUGCAACUAAUGUGAGUUUUAAAGCAAUGUAGUUCACAUUAAAUAUAAUUAGAAUAUUUAAGAAUUUUCAUAAGUGUAAUAGUAAUUCCAGCAUGGAAAUUUCUCGAAAAGUGAAUGAAGAGUCAGAAGGAAACGCAAGGGAGAGGAUGAAGGACUAAUUAUGUGUUAGAGAUGGAAAGGGUGUGGGGGGGGGGGGGGGGGCACUUUCAGUUCAAUCGUUUAAGAAAUGUCUCGCAGCAGUUUUUGCCAUAGUUUGUCAGGACUGGAAGCCUAUUGACCCGUAGAUUCAUUCAUAUUUCAUCCUUUAUGACACUUUUUUUUUUGGGUUCAGGAGUUUUUAGAUUUUUCCCCUCUGACACUGGCCUUUGGACAAGACUUUUUGAAACUCUCAGCAAGUGAAAAUAUUGAUCAGCAUCCCAGGUAUUCGGUUGAUUUUGUGUAGUUUCAUUAAGAAAUCUGUGCUUUCAUGCUCAAUUAUUUUGAAUCUUUAACAAUAAAUGGAAUAAAAAAUAAUCUAUAAAUACAAUGAAAAUCCAGGUGUAAAACAUAUUAUAAAGAUUCUUUUUUGGUGCUUUGUAGUUAAAUAGUGCUUUCUGGCAGCAAGAAACCGAGUGCCAGGACGUAAAAUCCAUCAAUCCAAUCAAAAAUUAUUUAUUAAAGCUUUAGUGCAUAACUUAUUUAUAUUAAUGGACAUCCAUUACAUUACAGCCAAAGCCAAAUGAGUUGCUAAAAAGAGUCCAUCAUGUUUUUUUAAUCCUCCGUGUCCUCCUUGGCUACUGGGGGGGGGGGCGGGGCACGAUGCCGGAAGGCUUGUAUCAUGUGGAUGCUCCAACAGUGUUGUUGUCAUUACGUAGAAUUCCUCAUGGGGGAGACAGUAACUACGCACUAUUGCUUUAACCUCCAUGUUGUCCUCGGGUCAAAUUGACCCGUUUUCAGUUCAUUGUUUUUUUUUUGUCAGAAAAAAAUGUGAUAAAGCGCUGAAAAUGUCAACAUUAAAAUCAAAAUACUUUUAAAAAAACACCAAAAACAUUUGAAAAAAAAGCACCCACAACAUUGAAAAAGCAAUAAUAAUAAUAAUGAUAAUAAUAAUGUUGAAAAAAAGGGACCAAAACGUGUUUUUGUUCAUGGUUGACGGGAAGACAACACAAGGGUCAACUCAAGAUAUUGUUUUUGGCACCGUGCACCAGUAAAAGAUGAGCUCAUCAUUAAUAAGCAAAUAUUAGUAGAAACUAAAUUGAACAGUUAGUGAAACCAGAUUCAGGUAAUUUUUAUGAACGGCUUUCAGGCUUCGUCUCUGCUGACAACAAUUGUCUUCGGAACUGAAAGUAGACACCCCCCAAAACCUGACAGAGGGUCAGAAUGAAAGAAUGGAUGGGCGGACGGGCGGCACGUGGAGGGCGGGCUGGUGAAAAGUUGUUUUUGAGCAAAAGAAGACAGAAAAGAUAAUGAGCUGUCAACAGAGAGAUGAAAGAGGUGUGUUUUAUUCCAGCAGAUCUUUAAGUGACAGACCAAAGACAGAAAUUAGCUGCUCAGCCAGAGACGGUUUUCUUUUUUUUAUUCUUUUUAGCGACAUGUAUUUUUUUUUUCUCCUUUAUUUUCACUGCUUAUAUCAUUGAAAAAACCAAAGUCAAAGCAUUU